AUGGUCUACACUCUCGUCGUGCACCUUUACGCAAAGGAUGACCAGGAGUGCAUCAACAAGUUGAUCGCAAAGCUCCAAGAAGCUUCUCAGGUCUACACUAACGACAAGGAGUGUCUUGGCUGGUUCGUCAUGCAAGACACCAAGGACCCCCGCGCCUUCACCAUCGUCGAGCGCUAUGCCCAUGAGAGCGUAAGUUCCACACUUCCCUUCCACCCUCUANGCCAGAAAUACCACCUCGAAAACCCUUACUGGCAGACUUUCGACAAAUACGUUAUCCCUUUGUUGGCCAAGGAUAUGGAUUUGCGCCGCUUGAAUGAACUUGUGGAUGAGAAGUCUGAGCAGGUGAGAGUGGAGCAGGAUCCCAAGCUUUGGGAGGAGGUCAAGAAGCAUCAGACUUACUAA